AUGACCCAGAUAUUGGAUGAACUGACUGGAGAUCGCGCCCCGGAAGACGGUUCCCCUCCCAUAUCCCGUUCUGGCCACUGCCCAUCAUGUUCCUGCCCCUCACUAGCAGUUGGCGACGACGACGCCGAUGGUAGAUCGGACAACUCUGUUCAAGCACCAGGGCGCAAGCAACUUGCUUUGAAUCAGCUUGAGGAAAUCCGCAAGCGCAUGCUGGCUCUACGCGCGGAACACAAUGCGUCCCUGCCCAUCCACGUCCUCCCGGUUGAGAUAUUGGUUAUGAUCUUCAUCUCACCCCUGACGGAUUGGUUCCUGGGAUGUCAGGAUCAGAAAUGGUCGCAAACCUUGGUGCAGGUUUGCAGCCGAUGGCGACGGGUGGCAUUGGAGACACCGGCUCUGUGGACGUUUUUGACGCUCCCGAACACGCCGGCAGGAGCGAUAGGUCUCUUCGAACGUUUCAAUGAACAUCCUCUGCGUCUCUUUUGGGAUGAUUUCGGCAGGCCCACUGUUCAAUCACAAGCACUACUCCCUCGGAUAAUUUCGAAACAUUCACUCCGCAUUGUCGAACUGCGGAUCUCUAAUCACCGCCGCGAGGGACUCAAGACGGCAUUGAACUCGAUUGCUGCUUUCAGUCUCGAUGCUCCAGCCCUCCGAGUUCUCGAGAUUCGUCCUCAUAUGACGUCGUGUGAAGGGCGCCUAAAAGACCUCGACGAACAUCUGUGCAAAUUGAACGCACCCGCACUGGAAUCUUUGACCUUGACCUUCCCCCUCUCCAAAUUGCUCUGGGAAUCCUGUAUCUUGCAUUCCCCUUCGCUGCGACAUCUAUCUGUUGGCUACGAUGGGUACUCUGGAGUAUAUUCAACCCCCCGGUUACCAAACGUCUUAGAUGUCCUCAGACAUCUCCCCUCACUGGAACGGUUACGUUUACAUGCCGUUGCUGACGGGGAACAAGGCGCUGGCGAAGUGCCGGUCGUGAUGAACGCUCUUCAAGAGCUCGAUCUCUCGGGGACCGUCCGCUACUGCGUGAAUAUUCUCAAGAACCUGAAAUUUACGACGCUCUCGUACCUAAGGAUCAUUGGACGAAUAGACGAAGGCGAGGACGUUGGCGAGAUGUGGCAGCUCGUCGACGGACUGUUUCCUGCACAGCCCAUGCUUCAUCUGGACUUGAUUGAUGACGAGCCCCACUUCAACAUUAAGUGCGGCCAAACGUGGAUCGACGACGAUGGUCCUUAUCCCCUCACCAUUAUGUUCGAAGCGGAGAGUCCAUCGGACAUUCUUGACGCCUUUGUCAAGCUAGUCCCUCGAUUUUCGAGGUCGAUCACCACACUUUCCUUUUCUGGAUGGUAUCCUGAAUCGUGGAACGAGGAGAUAGACCUACGAAGAACUCUCGCGGGGUGGAGUUCAGUUCAAACCGUAUUCAUCCGCUACACUCCGGCCACCAUGUCGUUUUCACAAGCCAUAAGGACGUCAGACCAGUCUCGUGAUGACCGUCCCAGUUGGAUCCUUCCGAACCUCACGUCUUUGACGAUUGAGAUUGAAGACGGAGAGUACGACGGCGAAGGAAUACGAUGGUUCGAUCUCUGUCGAGAGGAGUUGGAGCUGCGAUGUCGCUCCGGAGUUAGAGACGAUAAUCCCAACCCUGCAUUCAAGUCGAUCACUUUCAUCCAUUGCACAGAGGUGUCGGAGAAGGACCUCGAUCAUCUGAGAAUGGUUGUGCCAGAGGUGAAAACGUUUCCAACUGCGAGCGAAUCGGUGAAUAGCAUCGGAUUUUGUUGA